AUGGUUAUCCAAAGGAAUAAUAUUCUCCUUCUCAUUAUUAUUUUUGUUUUAUCAAUUUCAACUUGUAGAAGCAAUUUUAUUGAUGAUGAUUUAUUCAAACAAGUUUAUAAUAAUAUUUUUGAACAAGGAUUUGCUCAUGAUUUUCAAGCUUAUCUUUCUUAUUUGAGCACAAAUAUUGAAAGCAAAAAUAAUAUUCAUGAUUUCAAUAAUAUUGCGAAGAUUGAUAAAAAUGGGAUUAGAGUAAUUGAUGUAUGUAGCUUUGGAGCUAAGGGUGAUGGAAAAACAUAUGAUAAUAAGGCAUUUGAGAAAGCAUGGAAAGAAGCAUGUUCAUCUAAAACACCUGUUCAAUUUGUGGUUCCUCAAAACAAGAAUUAUCUUCUCAAACAAAUCACGUUUUCAGGUCCAUGCAAAUCUUCUAUUUCAGUGCAGAUUUUUGGAUCCUUAGAAGCAUGUGAUAAAAUUUCAGACUACACAGAUAGAAGGCAUUGGAUUCUUUUUGAUAGUGUUCAAAAUUUAGUUGUUGGAGGAGGAGGAACUAUCAAUGGCAAUGGAAAUGUAUGGUGGCCAUAUUCUUGCAAAAUUAAUAAAUCACUGCCAUGCAAGGAUGCACCAACGGCCUUAACCUUCAACAAUUGCAAUAAUUUGGAAGUGAAGAAUCUAAAGAGUAAAGAUGCACAACAAAUUCAUAUAGAAUUUGAGUCAUGCACUAAUGUUGUAGCUUCAAAUUUGAUGAUCACUGCUUCAAAGAAGAGCCCAAAUACUGAUGGAGUCCAUGUAACAAAUAGUCAAAAUAUUCAAAUAUCUGAUACUACUAUUGGAACAGGUGAUGAUUGUAUUUCAAUUGUUAGUGGAUCCCAAAAGGUGCAUGCCACAAAUAUUACUUGUGGUCCAGGUCAUGGUAUAAGUAUUGGAAGCUUAGGAUCUAAAAAUUCAGAAGCUCAUGUGUCUCAUGUUACUGUAAAUGGAGCCAAAUUUAUUGGUAGCGAAAAUGGAGUUAGGAUCAAGACUUGGCAGGGAGGAUCUGGAGAAGCUAGCAACAUCAAAUUUCAGAAUGUGGAAAUGCAAGACGUUGAGAAUCCCAUAAUUAUAGACCAAAACUAUUGUGAUCAAGUUGAACCAUGUAAACAACAGUAUUCAGCAGUUCAAGUGAAAAAUGUGGUGUAUGAGAAUAUCAAGGGCACGAGUGCAACAAAGGUGGCCAUCAAAUUUGAUUGCAGCAAAAACUUUCCAUGUGAAGGAAUUAUAAUGAAGAAUAUAAAAUUAGUAGGGGAAAAUGGAAAACCUUCAGAGGCUAUGUGCAAAAAUGUCCAUUUUAACAAUAUUGAAGAUAUCUCACCAAAGUGCCCUUCAGUAGAAAGUUCAAAGGAUGAAGCUCUUUUGUAUAAUUAUUAG